ACUGGAACGUUAUUGUCUCCCCAUGUAAACACUAUCAGCUGAUGACUGUGGCUGAGCUUGACGCUGUGUGGAUCAUUCUUCAUUAGCACGUCAUCCCAAGAUAUUGACAGGAAUGGACAGCUGCAAUUAAAGAAGCAAAUGAUAUGUGUUUCCAUUUUCAAGAAGUUAGGAGAUUUAUGUCUGCAGAAGGACCCAAGUGAAUAAGCAGGGAGUGGAACUUCAUGAACAUCUGAUCUUUGUUUCACUUCAGUAGCUAAAAUUGCCAUGGUUGUGAAUAGUGGUGUAUCAAAGAAUCACUGACCAAACAUUACUUUGAAGAAAUUUAAUAUAGAUUAGUAAUGAAAUUUGGGCUCUUCUGACAGAGUUGCAGUGUUUUAAAAUAUAUAUAUUCAAUAAGUGAUUUCUGAUAUUUUUUCCACAGGAUAAGUAUUGCAUUAUUAUUAUUAUUAUUAUUAUUAUUAUUAUUAUUAUUAUUAUUUAUUUAUUAUUAUUAUUAUUAUUUUUUUUUUUUAUAAUAAACACAGGUUUCAACAAACAUUUGAUAAGACUUGAGCCAACAUUAUGUGUAUUCUUUUUCUCUUUAUUAACCCAAGACCUAAAGUAGGAGAAUACAAAGCAAUCAUUGUAAAUAAUCGUGAUGAAUUUUAUAACAGACCCACUAAGCCUGCACAUUUUUGGGAUGAUACGAUUGUGGGAGGAAUGGAUAUUGAGGAACAUUGUAAAGGAGGUACAUGGUUGGCUGCUUCCAAAGGGGGCAAAAUAUCUUGUUUACUUAAUGUGUUUCAGCCAGCCAACAGUUUUACAACUGGCAAAGUCUCAAGGGGUUUCUUGGUUGUUGAUUACCUGAACUCGUGCAAGAAAGGACACCAAUACAUGGAAGAGGUUAAAAACUCGGGAAAGAUAUACAAUGCAUUCAACCUGAUUACGUUAGAUCCUGAAGGAAACUCGUAUGAUGUUAACUUUUACAACAGCGAGUCAAAAGUGAUACAUCAGAUACAGCCUGGGUUCCAUGGAUUUGGAAACUCCCCCCUCAUGAAGCCUUUCAAAAAAGUGGAGAAAGGUAAAACGAUGUUCCAAGAUUUGGUUAAUACUUAUGGGGAAAAAGAACACGAAGAAAAGCUUAUUACCGAGUUGUUUACAAUGAUGCAAAACAAAGACUUAAACCUCCCUGACUCACAGCUAACAGAACAGGGCAAAGGGCACACUGAGCAGUUUGUUAAGAAACUUUCCAGUAUUUGGGUUUCAUGCCCGGAUGCCAAUUACGGCACCCGAACCACAACAGUCAUACUUGUGGACCAAGAGGAUCAGCUUGUGUAUAGAGAGCGAACCAUGCAGGAUCCUGCAAAUCCUAAAAACCCUGUGUGGGAACACAACAAUUUUACAUUUACUAUAGCUCCUGCAGAUACAUGUAAAAGUACCUGACAGUGUUAUUACAAGUUUGAGUAUACCAUAAUAUAUAUUUACUAGAAUUUAUAAUAGCUCUGUAUGUAUAAAGUUUCUUACUCUAACCUUUUUAGCAAGCAAGAAACGAAUUCACAUAUUCAUUUAUAUCAGUGUAAUACGUCAAACGACGGUACUGUACGUUGCAGGACACAAGACACGAUUGAAAUUCAGUGAUGUAUUCCAUACGCUAAGUUGUUAUUUGGUUAUGGCUUCCUUAAGUUCAUUUUUGCUACGUCAGGAUUAUACUAUAUUAAUCAUUCCACGAUGGUUUGGUCCUCAGUAAUUAGUUUUUACGCAGAUUUGUGAUUUUGUUAUGCGAAAUGUAUCAUAACAGGGGAAGUGACUGUGAAGUCUCUUGAUUGUUGUAUAACUACCAAUAAAGUAUUCAAUUAA